AUGACGCGAAAAGUUGCCGCUGCGGCCGUCCUGGCAACCGCAGCACUUCUACUGCUGCACACAACCUUCUUCGCCUCCGUGGCAGCGGUGGCAGUGGCCCCAACACAUGUGUCGUCGCCGCCGAUGGCGGCGCAGCGCCAACGCCUCCGCUCCUUCGCUGCCUAUGCAGAGCGGGUCGGGGUGGCUCUGGAGCUCUUCGUUGGCAGACACUACGAGAGCGAUACUACUGGCAUCGACGUCAGUGCAAGCCACUUCACAGAAGACAGGCAGCUGCAUCCUUCUGCAAGCUCCGCACCCAUGCCAAGCGUCGAUCGCAUGCCACUGCUUGCAGUUGUCACGCAGUGCCUGCAGCAUCCCCACGUCGUGGUCCAGUCCAGCGUUCAGUCGGUGAUGAGGCUCGCCAGCGCUGGCCGCACGCUUGCGUCCGUCUUGGUCGGAGCCUCUUUCGCCAAGGAGACAGACGCACUCCUCGCCAAGGUAGAGGCAGAUGCAGACCUCGGCGCGGAAGUGGGGAGUGCCACAGCGCCGCCUUUCAUGUCGCCGACCAACAUGCACACUACCCUUGCACCUAUUCAGCAAGCGGCCCGGGCGGUGAGCACACCGCGCACCGACUUCGCACCGCUGCGCCAGGUAUUUAGCAGCGCGAUCCACCAGCAGGCGGAGACGCUGGUGACGCAGCCUGCAGAGGCGACCCCUCUCAGCUGCAUCAGCGGUGUCAACGCCUACUCUUCCAACGCCAUCGUUGCAUGCAGAAACUCCAAUGACACCUACACUGCAGCGGAGUAUGUGUCACUUUCCUCGCAUGAAAAGGAGCAGUGCAACGGGUACAUCUCCGAAGAGGAGCCGUUCACACAGACCUGCGUGUGCGCGCAAGACUACUACAUGACCCGCGUCAACGAAAGCAGCUAUCUGUGCCGCAGUCGACCGCUGGACGUACAGGUCCUUCUCGAGGACAAACACCUGUGCUUCAGCCACGCUGAUGUAGCGCUGGGGUUGCCCGGAACCAUGGAAGGGGAGUACUGCAUCAAGACGAAUCGAAACAGCACGCUGCAGCUGCCUGUCACGUGGAAGUACAACUUCCUCAGCGACGACGCCAUGCUGGCUGCAUCGGUAUUCCGUCAUCAUGUGCCUCCCCAGGUGCCACAGGAAUCAGAAGGCCUACAGUGGGUGGUCAUGAGCGGCACCAGAUCUGUUAUGGGCCACUACAGUGAGCUGUCGAUGAGCACAGACGUCUUCAGCUACUUGGUGGCCGGCUACGCUGGUUCGGGUCAGUUGCCGCCGUCGACGAACGACGUCGGGUUUUACUUAUCGGCCAACACGGAGCUGCUUGCCGCCGCCGCCUUCUCGGCUGUGUUCUGCUUCACCUCGCCGCGCAAGACGAAAGAUCAGCUGAAGGAGGUGCCACUGAAGACAGAGUCAGUGCUGAAGCAGUAUCUCGGCAACCCCAAUGGCGUCUCCUCGCACUCACUGACCCUCGACCUCUCCACCGUCCCUAACGAGUUCGUGGAGGGCAACCAGAUGUACGUGGAGGUGGGUCUCAAAGGGGGCCCGUCCAUCUACUACUACCGCGUUGCCCGCAUUCACGUUUCUUUCACGGACCUCACCGAGCCACCCACCAACGCGCACGAGUACAAGAAGCCGCUCGACCCGCUCUACACUCUCCUGAUCGCCGCCGCCAGCACCCUCGUCAUCGGCACCGGGCUGGCCGUGCUCUGGUACCACUGCAUGCAGCCCGAUGACUAUGACGACCGGCUCGUGUCGGCUGCGCAGCGUAAGAAGGCGCAGAGGCACCACCCUGGCGUGAACUCAAGGUCCGACAACUAA